GUCACCGGUGGGUGGCGCUCGGGAGCUCUUUAUAAAGUGUCAGCGCCGGACAGGUUGGCCUCUUGUCUGUGAAGGCGCAGGCCGGGUAUUAAGAGGAAGGAUCGGGACCGCGUGUUGUGCAGAGCAGCAUGGCGGACUACCUGAUCAGCGGGGGCACCUCCUAUGUCCCGGACGAUGGCCUCACUGCCCAGCAGCUCUUUGGGGCUGGCGAAGGACUCACAUAUAACGACUUUCUUAUUCUCCCUGGGUACAUAGACUUCACAGCAGAUCAAGUGGACCUCACAUCUGCCCUUACUAAGAAAAUAACCCUAAAAACUCCACUAGUUUCAUCCCCAAUGGAUACAGUAACAGAAGCAAAUCUGGCAAUUGCUAUGGCGCUGACUGGUGGCAUUGGUGUCAUGCAUCACAACUGCACGCCUGAAUUUCAAGCUAAUGAAGUUCGAAAAGUAAAAAAAUACGAGCAAGGAUUCAUUACAGAUCCUGUGGUACUGAGCCCCACACAUCGGGUACGAGACGUGUUUGAGGCCAAGUCUCGUCACGGUUUCUGUGGCAUUCCUAUCACAGACAAUGGGAAGAUGGGGGGUAAACUAGUGGGAAUUAUAUCAUCCAGGGAUAUUGACUUCCUUAAACCUGAGGAACAUGAAGUACCCCUAAGUGAGAUCAUGACCAAUCGAGAAGAUCUUGUUGUUGCUCCAGCUGGUGUUACACUGAAGGAAGCAAACGAAAUUCUUCAGAGAAGUAAAAAAGGCAAAUUACCCAUAGUAAAUGAGAACGAUGAGCUUGUGGCCAUUAUAGCACGGACAGACUUGAAAAAAAACAGAGACUACCCAUUGGCUUCUAAGGAUUCCAAGAAACAGCUGCUGUGUGGAGCUGCUAUAGGAACCCAUGAGGAUGACAAGUAUCGGCUGGAUCUUCUUGUGCAGGCUGGAGUGGAUGUUGUGGUCUUGGAUUCUUCCCAAGGAAACUCAUUAUUUCAGAUAAAUAUGAUCCAAUACAUAAAAGAGAAGUAUUCAGAUCUGCAGGUGAUUGCUGGAAAUGUGGUCACUGCCGCACAGGCUAAGAACUUGAUUGAUGCCGGAGCAGAUGCAUUGAGGGUGGGAAUGGGAAGUGGAUCGAUUUGCAUAACGCAAGAAGCUGCUCCAACGAUCCCUCCAGACCUAAAGUCUCACAGCCCCAAAUGCCCCUCUAGUGUGACAGGCACCUAUAUUUUGGCGUGUGGGAGGCCUCAGGCUACUGCCGUGUACAAAGUUUCUGAAUACGCAAGAAGGUUCGGGGUACCGGUCAUUGCAGACGGUGGAAUUCAGACAGUUGGACACAUUGCGAAGGCUCUGGCCCUUGGUGCCUCCACUGUGAUGAUGGGGUCAUUGUUGGCAGCAACUACUGAAGCACCGGGUGAAUAUUUCUUCUCAGAUGGCAUACGGCUGAAAAAAUACCGUGGUAUGGGCUCUUUAGAUGCUAUGGACAAGAACAUAAGCAGUCAGAAAAGAUAUUUCAGUGAGGCAGAUAAGAUUAAAGUAGCCCAGGGUGUGUCCGGUGCAGUACAGGACAAAGGAUCCAUUCACAAGUUUGUCCCCUAUUUGAUUGCUGGAAUCCAGCACUCCUGCCAGGAUAUAGGUGCAAAAAGCUUAACACAAGUCAGGGCAAUGAUGUAUUCUGGAGAGCUCAAGUUUGAGAAGAGAACAAUGUCUGCACAGGUGGAGGGAGGCGUCCACAGUCUUCACUCAUAUGAAAAAAGACUCUUUUAACCUUGGCAACCAUCAUUCUUCCACCAGCCACAACACGGAACAUAGCAUUUGCCUGCAUUGCAUGUCGUCUGGGUGGAGACCACACCAGCAGCUGCCUUGUCCUCACUGGCCAGUCUUCAUUACAAGGGAUGUUUGGUAUUUGGUAAAUACUGUUCAUUGUUCUCACUACUGCUGCUAGAGUUUUGCAAUAAAAAUCUAAAAUCUG